AGAGUGACACUAUAAGGGGAUGGAGGCCGUGACCUCGGCCGACACAAAUGGCCAUUAACUGUAAAGAGAAGCGAGGAAAAGAAAUAAAUUUCUGUUUUGUUACAUUUUAGUUGGAAAGAGCCGUCCUCCGGAAGGAAGAAGCGGCAAGUUUUCCCUGACUUCUCCUUUCACCGUGCCUCAGCCUCGGGCAACCUCCGCCAUCCAUGAGCGCCAGCAACUCUUCUGCCUACCGAUCGGAGCGGAGUUUCCAUCAGACGUCGUCCUCGUCUUCCUCCAGUAAUCCGUACGUGGAGAAGAGUCACGGGAUGUUUUCCGAGGACUUUGGGCCCUUCGUGAGGCCCGGCGGCAACACCUUGGGCUUUUCCAACAUUUGCAGGUGGAAGUGGGAAGAUCAAAGCACUCGGGGAUUCGUACCAGUUCACGGUGGACGUUCGAGACUUCUCCCCGGAAGACGUCAUCGUCACCACGUCCAACAACCAAAUCGAAGUCCGUGCGGAAAAGUUGGCCCAGGACGGUUCGGUGAUGAACACAUUCACCCACAAGUGUCAGCUGCCCGAGGACGUGGACCCCACCUCGGUGACGUCAUCUCUGGGCGCCGAGGGGACGCUCACGGUUCGGGCGCGGCGACACCCGGCCAAACAUGAGCACGCACAGACCUUUCGCACUGAAAUUAAGAUUUAAACAAUUAUCCACAUUGACACACACACACCAUUCUCGCCAUUCAUUCAUUAAUGCUUUUCAUGUAUUAUAAUACUACAUUAUCAGUUGUGUGAAGAAAAUUCUCCUGUUCUUGUGUUUUUGUCAUUUCGAAAUAAAUCGACAACACUCAUGAGCGACACCUUUUGGAGCCAGUCUGACCUCUUGUGGUAAGAUGGCAGAAUUGCAGUUGUACCGUCCAGCCACUUUCAUUGUACAGCAUUCUGUGUACACUUAUUUUGUUGACAGUCAUCUUUACAAUGCAAAAACAAAAUGAACAAAACCAAUAAUAAAAACAACUCUUGAAUACUUCUUGUGGAGUGUCGACAAACAGAAUUGUCAUGGCCAGCAGAGGGAGGCAU